AUAGGACGAGGGAUACGAUUGUUUAUACUUUGUUUUCGGCCGAGUGAUUGUUUUGAUUCGCGAACGAAAGCGCGUUUUAUCAACAUAAUAAUAAAUACACGAAUGUAUGUAUGUAGAUGGCACAAGAAAGACUAUUAUAGAGAUAAAAAUCAAACAAGUAUAAAUACAAGAGCUGUGAUCGUGUGUGUGUGAUUUGAAUUAUGUACAUUCGAGUGCUUGUAAUAAUAUCGUUCGUAUAUGUAGAUGAUAUUGUUGUGCGUACGAUUUAUGUGUGAUAUUCUUGUUUGAAUCGGUUUUUAUCGGUAUUAUUUGAUUACUCGCGGACGGCUUAUCUUAGUAUUGAAUUUAGUUCGCUGACGAGCUGUCGUGCUUCAAUUUCUACUACUUGUAGUGCUGCGUGUCGAUUUUUUUUUCGAAUUUUUGUGUCGAAAAAUCGUGUUGUGAUUAAAGAACAACGGAUCUUUGGUGGAAUAUUUUCGAGUUUGGGGUGGAAUUUUUUUUACUACCCUUAGAAUUGAAUUUUGGUUCAUGUUCGUGGUGGUGCUAGUGCUCGUAUAAAUUGUGUGUGGUGUUCGAGAGUGAAUUUUUAAACAAAUUGAAUAACCGUAUCGAUAAAUUGGAUCUGGGUUUUUUAUAUUUUUGUAAUAUGCAUGUUCACGUUAAUCUCGAAGAAUUUUCCACUGUACACCGCGGACAGUUAUUAACCGUAUGGAAGGCUGCCAUUUGCGCGAUAUUCCUUACGAUUCGGUUGAGUGCGACCUAUACUUAGAGCAGCAUUGUCUGCCUAGUGACGAACAAUCACGUUCAUUUCAAAGUAUCCGCAUGAAGACCUCUUUCGAUCUAAAUCUACAAGCACAUGAAUGGUGGGCUCCCUCUCAAUGGAAGCCAACAGCAGCAAUAAUAUCAACCAAGAAAUCAAUCCAGCCUCAAAAGAUAUCCCCGGCGACGGUAUCGGAUUCGGCGGCGACCGCCAGCAAUCAGUCAACACUGCCAACGGCUCGGCUCUGGUCCCUAUUACGUCUGCCUCCUCAACCUCAAACUCAACUUGGCCGUCGGCAAUUAAUGUAAACAAUACUAGUACUGUACCCGUAGCAGCGGGCAAUAUAGGCUGUGAUAAUGAUAGUCGUGUCGGAAACGGUUCACGUGACCAUAUCCAAGGAGUCCUCGAAAAAUCCACUACUACUGCCGCCGUCGCCGCCGCCGAUAAUAAUAACGAUGAUGAAGACGGUGGUCGAAAAUCGCCUCCGCCGUCUCCGGCAGCUAAAUCUUCAUCGUCAUCGUCGUCCGAAGACAUUCACCACGUUAAAUUCCAAGAGGUCAAAGACGACGAUGGCCACCGUGUACAAUUCAACGACUCGUCCGACGACGAGAACCAUCCGGACGAGAUCUCGUUUCCUUCAUCUUCAUCAUCGUCUUCGUCCAGCUCAGAGGACGGAGAUUCCGAAUAUUGCGAAUCCAAAGCUCCCGAUGGCGGCUACGGAUGGGUCAUCGUUUUCGCCUCGUUUAUGGUUAAUCUGAUCGCGGACGGAGUGACAUUCUCGUUCGGUGUUAUUUACGUAGAGCUAGUCGACUACUUCGGCGAAGGUAAAAGUAAAACUGCCUGGAUUGGGUCGCUUUUCGCCGCCAUACCUCUUCUAUCCGGACCUUUCGCCAGUUACUUGACGGAUCGUUACGGAUGCCGCAAAGUUAGCAUAGUCGGUGGUAUGUUGGCCGCUCUCGGGUUCAUAAUUUCAGCAUUCAUAGAGUCCAUAGAAAUGUUAUACCUCACAUUCGGAAUCCUAUCCGGGUUCGGCUUGUCGCUUUGUUACGUCGCCGCUAUCGUCAUCGUCGCGUAUUAUUUCGAAAAAAGACGCUCCUUCGCUACCGGAUUGUCGGUCUGCGGUAGUGGAAUCGGUACUUUUAUAUUUCCACCGUUUAUUGAUUACCUCAUCAGCGAGUACGGAUGGAGAGGCACUACGCUCAUACUGGCUGGAUUGUUUUUGAAUCUUUGCGUUUGCGGCGCGGUGAUGCGAGAUUUGGAGUAUACUAAGAAGAAGAAGAAGAAAAAAGAUAGGAAACUGUCCAGUACCAGACAGACUCGAAGUAGGGUUCGAACAAAUACCGCCUCCAGUAUGGAUUCGUCGUCGCAGUAUAGUCAGUAUUAUACGCCGAGUGUGCCCAGUACCGAAGAGUUCAAGAGAUUGCUUCAGAUUGCCGCUCACGAAAGCACAAUAAAAGAAGACGAAGACGACGACGAUGCGAACGCCACCGAUGCUAACGAAAUAUCCACCAAAGAAAAGCGAAACCGAUUAUUUAGCUCGUUGGUGAGCUUACCUACUUUUGUAAAAAAUGGAGAAAAAGUUCCUCUCGAAGUUUUAGAAGGAUUAUCUACAAAUAGACAUUUGUACGCGGUGUUGGUGCACAAUUAUCCUAGUCUUUUGAUAUCGUCUCGCAGUAUUAGCGACAGUGGUUACAUCAACGACCAGCAAAAAAGAAACCGAAACCCAUACAGCAUGACCGCCACUCCUAAAUACAGCGCUCAAUUCCUACCAAACAGCAAACCAACCUCUCCAUUGCUAAAGUCUCCUUCUAAAGAGGAUCAAACUCAAACGCCCGUAUCUGAAACGAUCAAAGAAAACGAACCAGCCGAAGUGAAAUCUCCCAUCGACGAUAACAGCGCUGGGGCCGAAUUCAUCGCUAAAAAACCCGAAAAAAGGAGAUCGAUCUUGAAAAAGAAAUCCGAAUCGCUGAAACGCGGAUUGGCAGCUGUGAGCAAUACCAAUAACACUUGGUGGAAUAAAAGAUACGCCAGUGAUUAUGGAAACGAAAGCCCCCGACUGCCUACUGCAUAUUUAAGAGAUCUCAAAGUGCAUAGGCAUUCGUUAACGUAUCGAGGGGCUAUGUUGAAUAUUAGUCGUUACCGGCUGCGAGCUUCGUCUUGCCCGGAUAUUUAUAGAAAUUCUAUGACUACAAUCGCAGAAGAAAAAGACGAAUGGUAUGCUGGCUUACUGGAUUUAUGGUACGCGGUGACAGAAAUGUUGGAUUUUUCUUUUUUCACAAAUAUCAGUUUUCUGCUAUUCGCCAUCUCAAAUUUUCUACUGUAUACUUGGUACGAUGUUCCUUACAUAUUUCUGGCAGAUUAUGCCGUCGAACAGGGAUAUUCCAAAACUAAUGCCACAUACAUUAUCAGCGUAAUUGGAAUAUUGAACAUGUUAGGCGAAAUCGGUUAUGGUUGGGCUGGUGACAGAUCUUGGUUGAGUUCGAGAUGUAUUUACGCUGUGUCGAUGGCCUUAUGCGGACUAUUCGUCGCCCUGAUUCCGUUGGUCACUAGUUACGAGAAUUUGUGCGUGAUAUCGGGCGGAUUUGGUCUACUGGUAGCGGCCAAUUAUUCGCUUACUUCGAUCAUACUGGUGGAGACUAUAUCGCUGGAGAAGUUCACCAAUGCGUAUGGUCUGCUGCUUCUGGUGCAAGGAAUUGGUAAUUUGGUCGGGCCACCGAUUGCAGGAUGGCUUUAUGAAGUAACCGGUAGUUUCAUGGUGCCGUUUUUCUUGGCUGGAUUUUUCAUCAUCAUAUCCGGAUUUUUACUGGAAGUUGGCUCGUUCAUCGAUUUAGUAAAGAAUCGUUACAUCAAACCGAAUGCAGACUCGAAUAGUAUAAUGUCCUGCGUCGAAUCGAAUGAAAUCUUGAAGUCGAAAUCGAACUGCAAUAAUCAUACAACGUACGUUCCUUGACAAUAAUCCAUUACAAUGUGUAAGAUGGUUGUGAAUAUGAGGUAUUUUGUUUUGUAAUCGAGGAAAUACGAUGUAUUGUAGAUGAUGAAAAAAGUCACAGUGAUUCGUUUUAUUUUCCGUUGGUCUCGUGUGUUGUGUUUAGCAGUUUCUUUCUACGAUUAUAUUCAUCUUUUUAAACGUGUAAAUCUACCCCCUUUAAUUUACCUACCUACAUAAAUGUAUUACUUUUAUUUUUUGAAUUACAACUAUCAUGUAAUAGUAUACAGAGAUCGCCAAAAGAGAAGACUACGAGAAUAUACACGUACAGUAAAUCAUUACACACUGCAUAUAAUUACCUACGUAUAUUCUACAUAUUUUGUUCCGUUUUUACUUACUACAUAUAUAAUAAUACUAUUAAUUUGAUAAUAUUUUAAACUAAAAAGCUUUUUACUGCGAAGGUGUUGGCUACAUAAGAUAUUUCAACUUACUACAUUUUGUUCGAAAAUAAUUAUUGUUCAUACUCUCUGGUAUGAUUUUUGUUUGUCUUUUUUUUUACAUUACAGAAUUAUUAUUUUAAAAAUUGUUUUUAGAAGGUAAUAUUAACCAACGUCAGUUAUAAUAAUAUUAUAAAUAAAUUUACAUACUUUAUCUAUAGAGAAGAAUAUCGGUGAUAGCGAUGAUUUAAGACUGCCUAUAUAGAUUAACAUUUUGUGAUAUUUUAAAGCCUAUUUGUGUCGAUUAGGUUAUUAAUUUUUUUCGUUUAUUCUCUUUUGUGAUUUGUUCGUCGUUGAUUUCUCCUCAGAAACGUAUGUAAUUUGUGUAUCUUUUUUGUAAUAUUUAAAUAAUAGUAAAAAAAACACGAGCGUCUCGAGAGCAAAUAUGUGCAACCAAUCAGAAGCGAGUUUGUUUUUAUCUGUUGUCUCUCUUUCAUCCGUUGUUUACGUUUUGGACUUGUAUUUUAUUUCGUGAUGGUAUAUUCGUAUAUUUCUGUGUUCCAACGUCGUUUUUUCGUCAUACAUGUGUAUAAAUCAUCACAUUACGUAUAAAAAAUGAAUCAAUGUAACGUAACUUUACCAAAUGUUAAACAAUUAUUAAAGCUGUAUCUACUAGUAUCAAAAUUCAAAACGUAAAAGUAAGUAUUUCGAAUUCUCAAUGAAGAUGAUACACAAACACUUAACGAUCAUCUUUAUUGAGAAUUCGAAAUGACACAAGGUGUAUUAGCCAUAUCCAUAUCGUCACAAGCACAUGCACAUAACGAUCAUCUUUUUUGAGAAUUCGAACAACACGUUUUGAAUUUUGAUACUAGUAGAUACAGCUUUAAUAAUUAUUGUUUAACAUUUGGUAAAGUUACGUUACAUUGAUUCAUUUGUUAUACGUAAUGUGAUGAUUUAUACACAUGUAUGACGAAAAAACGACGUUGGAAUACAGAAAUAUACGAAUAUACCAUCACGAAAUAAAAUACAAGUCCAAAACGUAAACAACGGAUGAAAGAGAGACAACAGAUAAAAACUAACUCGCUUCUGAUUGGUUGCACAUAUUUGCUCUCGAGACGCUCGUAAAAAAACCGUUCGUUCGGUUUUAAAAAUUAAAAAAAUCAGAAUGUAAACAAACCAACGUGGUCGGGCGACAACAACACGAGACUCGACCGAACUUGCCCGAAGUUAGGUACGUGUGUUUGUGUUAGUGCGUAAAUGAGCAAUGGCGGCGGCGUAGUAACACUAGCACGCGUACGUACGUACGUACGUUUGUGUGAGAGGAUAAAUCACGCUAUUGUUUUCUAAUUAGCUUUCUUUUUGAAAUUUUACUUUGUUUCGUGGUACAUAUAGUUUUUUACUUGCUCAUUUAAUUAAAUCGUUGAUAUAUAGUUCGAUUAAGUAUAGUGGAGUACAAAAUGGACGUCGAAGUGAAUUGAUUUCGAGUAUGGAACGAAUGACUAUCAUUGCAUUGCACGAACUGCCUUUUCUAAAAAAGUGAGUCUGAUAUGUGUUUGGUUUUUUAAUUAUUUUUUGUUUAAUUUCGCGAAGUGUGCUCGAAUAAUUUAGAAGAAAAAAGGGUAUUUUGUAUCGAAGAUGUUUUUUUUCCCCCACCAAAGCAACGAGUACUUCGACGAGUACUGCUAAAUGUGUAUCGUUUGAAUUUGGGAACUGACUGUUAGAAUCCAAAUUUAUAUCUUGUGCGGUUUAGUUUUGUGGUUUUUUAAUUUUCGUAGUGUGUAAAUAUUCGCACAAUCAACUGUAAUAAUAAUUAUAAACGUUAAAGUAAUUAAAUAUCUGUAUUAUUACCGAAGUUAAUGCUCCGGUAACCGGUGACCGGUCACCGGUAACGAAGCGAAGUGUUCGCCUAUCGUUUGUAAUAUCGAUCAGGUACGUGUAAUGUAUUUAUCAUUACUAUUAUUAUUAUUUAAUGUUUUCAAAGUGAAUCGUUUUCCUCAUUUUUAGUCGUUAGGAUUAUCUGCUGUACGAUUUUAAGGUCCCCAUUUUACCAAUAUUCUAAGGUAUUAUUAUUAUUACUAUUCCUGGUGUAUAAAUCGUGUCAUUCGUGUCGUGUGUUAUACAAUGAGAGAGUAUUGUAUCGCUGUUUUUCUUUCUUCUAUACUUUUUUUUUCGUACCAUUUUUAUUUAGGUUGUUAAUUAUUUUUGCUGUUUUGUUUAUUGUGUUUCUAUAUUAUUUUACGAUGAUGAUGAUGAUUUUUUUGACGAGUGUAAGGUAUAUUCAUGUUGUGUAUACUUUACGAUGAGCCUUUUUUCUUUCUACAUUUAUUACACACCUUCGUAUUACAAUCUCUUUCCAUAUACGUAUGGAGAUGUUAGAUUUUAGUGCCUUCAGUCGCCAUACAAUCGCCAUUUAUUCUACUUACUACAUUCUGUAAUUGAUUUUGUUUCUUUUUUCUCCCCUUCUACAUAUUUUUUCUUGUUUUUUAGAGAUCAACAGAUGGAAUAAAAUGUAUCUUUUUUUA